CUCGGAGCGGCGGCGGCGGCAGGAGAAGGCGGCGCGAAGAGCGCUUCAGACGAGCUGCUUUUCUACGUGAACGGCCGCAGGGUAGUGGAGAAGAAUGCUGAUCCUGAGCAGAUGACGCUAUCUUAUCUGAGGAAAAGCCUUCGUCUCACGGGUACCAAGUACGGCUGUGGUGGAGGUGGAUGUGGUGCGUGCACUGUGAUGAUCUCGAGAUACGAGCCGGUCGCUAAGAAGAUCGCUCAUUAUUCCGCCAACACAUGCUUGCUUCCCUUAUGUUCACUGUACGGCUGUGCUGUCAUUACCGUGGAAGGAGUUGGAAGCACCCAAACCAGGAUCCAUCCAGUUCAGGAACGGAUAGCGAAAAGCCACGGCUCUCAGUGUGGCUUCUGCACCCCAGGAAUGGUGAUGUCCAUCUACGCUUUACUGCGCAACGAGACAGAACCCUCAGCAGAACAAAUCGCUGAAGCUCUGGCAGGGAAUUUGUGUCGCUGCACUGGCUACAGGCCCAUUAUAGAUGGCUGCAAAACCUUCUGCAGGGAAUCAUUUUGCUGCCAAAAUAAGGAAACCGGUGGCUGCUGCUUGGAUGAAGAAGAUGGUUUACCUUCGUUACCUAACAAGGAAAGGAAGAUUUGCACAACGUUGUUUUCGGCAGAAGAAUUCCAGCCUUUGGAUCCCACCCAAGAGCUAAUAUUUCCUCCAGAACUCAUGCGAAUGGCAGAAUGUCAAACCGCACAAACUCUUGUCUUCCGUGGGGAAAGAACUACAUGGAUUUCUCCUGUAAAUCUCAAGGAGCUUCUGGAACUGAAAUCCAAGUACCCCCUGGCACCUCUCGUAGUAGGGAACACUUGUGUGGGACCGGAGAUGAAAUUUAAAGAUGUAUUUCAUCCAGUUAUCAUUUCACCCACUAGGAUAUUGGAUCUGCAUGUGGUAAAACACACUGGGGAAGGGCUGCUGCUUGGAGCCGCCUGUAGCCUGACCUUGGUGAAAGACGUUCUGACAAAUGCCGUUUCAAAACUCCCAGCAGAGAAAACCAAGAUAUUCCACGCCCUUUUGCAACAGUUAAAAACUCUGGCUGGGCAGCAGAUCCGAAAUGUAGCCUCUUUUGGAGGCAAUAUCAUAAGCAGAAGUCCAACAUCUGACAUCAAUCCUGUUCUGGCCGUUGGAAACUGUAUCCUCAACGUGGCAUCACACAGGAGAAGGCGACGGAUUCCUGUGAGCGACCUUUUUGCCGAUGGGCUUGGAAACAAUACCCUGGAACCCGAAGAGAUCAUAGUGUCAGUUCACAUUCCACAUUCCAGUAAAGGAGAGUUUGUAUCAGCCUUCCGACAAGCCCAGCGACGAGAAAAUGCUUUACCGAUCGUUAAUGCGGGGAUGAGAGUUCUUUUUGAAGGCGACAGAGACACCGUGAAGGACAUCGGCAUCUUUUACGGAGGCGUGGGCUCCACUACGCUUGCAGCAAAGCAGACGUGCCGGGCCCUCAUUGGGAGACCUUGGAAUGAGGAGCUGUUGGGUGAAGCUUGCAGAAGUGUACUCACAGAAAUUUGUCUCCCAAGCUCGGCUCCUGGUGGCAAAGUGGAAUACAGAAGGACUCUCAUUGUUAGUUUCAUGUUCAGAUUCUACCUGGAGGUGCUGCGAUCACUGAAAAUAACGUAUCCUAGUCGGUAUCCUGACAUUCCAGAGAAUUAUUUGAGUGCCCUUGAACCUAUCCACUCCAAAAUACCUCAGAGUAUACAAAUGUACCAGGAUGUGGCAUCAGGACAACUUGCCGAAGACCCAGUCGGCCGCCCGAUCACGCACCAGGCCGGUCUUAAACACGCCACGGGGGAGGCUCUUUACUGUGAUGACAUCCGUGCCGUGGAUGAAGAGCUCUUCCUGGUUCUAGUAACCAGUUCCAAAGCCCAUGCAAAGAUUGUAUCAAUAGACGCUUCAGAAGCCCUCAAGAUGCCUGGUGUGGUUGACGUCGUCUCGAUUCAGGAUGUCCCAGCUACUAAUGAGUUCUAUAACUACGAUGUCCCAGAUAUUAUAUUCGCCAGGGGAAAGGUAUGCUGAGUGUGAGCAGAUCCAUUGUGGUGUCGUGGGGUUAGAGUGUCCGACGGGGUGAGCAAAAGACGUGCAGAAAAGGGGGAGGCACACUACGAACCAGAGGAACCUGUCAUCCUGACCAUCGAGGAGGCGAUAGAGCACAACUCAUUCUUCGAACCGUUAAGAAAACUGGAACAGGGGGAUGUGGACGAAGCGUUUAAAACUGUCGACCAUAUACUGGAAGGUGAGAUCCUUAUUGGGGGGCAGCGUCACUUUUACAUGGAAACUCAGAGUAUUCUUGCGGUUCCGAAAGGGGAAGAUCGAGAAAUGGAUAUCUAUGCAUCCACUCAGCAUCCAGCAUUUGUACAGGAUUUGGUGGCGUCAUGCUUAGGCGUCCCAAGCAAUCGGAUUAUGUGCCACGUAAAAAGAAUUGGAGGAGCUUUUGGUGGGAAGCUGCUGAAAACGAGUCUGUUGGCUUGUGUUACGGCCGUGGCCGCCAAGAAGACAGGCCGUCCCGUUCGGUGCGUUCUGGACAGGGGCACUGACAUGUUAGUCUGCGGAGGUCGGCACCCCGCCAUCGGCAAAUACAAAAUUGGCUUCAUGAAUAAUGGCAGAAUUUUGGCCAUGGAUGUCAGUGCGUAUAUAAAUGGAGGAUGUACUCCCGACGAUUCCAUUUUGGUUGCAGAGAUACUCCUAUUAAAAAUGGAUAACGCCUACCACAUCCCGAAUGUACGAUCCUGCGCUCGUGCUUGCAAGACUAACAUAACGUCCAACACAGCUUUCCGGGGAUUUGGCUUCCCACAAGGCGGAUUGGUUACCGAAUCCUUUAUAACGCGUGUGGCGGCCAGAUGUGGUUUAUUACCAGAGCAGGUUAGGGAAAUCAACAUGUAUAAAGAAAACGGACUAACGCCCUACAGACAAGAGUUCAAGCCCCAGAACCUGCUUAGGUGUUGGAAGGAAUGCAUGGAGAAAUCUGCCUUUCACACCAGAAGAGCAGCUGUGAAGGAAUUCAACAAGCAAAGUUACUGGAAGAAAAAAGGGAUUGCCAUUAUACCCAUGAAGUUUCCGGUUGGUUUUUGCACACGCGUUCUAGGUCAGGCAGCCGCUCUGGUUCAUUUAUAUACCGAUGGGUCCGUGCUGCUGACGUACGGCGGCGUAGAAAUGGGACAAGGACUUCACACCAAAAUGAUCCAGGUUGCUAGCCGAGAAUUAAAGAUGCCGAUGUCAAAUAUUCACUUUUGUGAGACAAGUACAACGACGGUCCCUAAUGCGUGUGCUUCAGUAGGUUCCAUGGGAACGGAUGUCAACGGGAUGGCAGUGAAGGAUGCCUGCCAGACUCUUCUGAAGCGCCUUGAACCGGUCAUUUCUCAGAAUCCAAAGGGCUCUUGGAAAGAAUGGGCAAAGGAAGCUUUUGAACAGAGCAUUAAUCUGUCAGCAACAGGUUUUUUCAGGGGUUAUGAAGCAAACUUUGACUGGGAGAAGGGGGAAGGCUGGCCGUUUGAAUAUUUCAUUUUUGGAGCUAUUUGCACCGAGGUUGAAAUAGACUGUCUGACUGGAGAUCGCAAGAAUGUCACAACAGACAUUGUUAUGGAUAUUGGCUGCAGCAUCAAUCCUGCAGUGGAUAUAGGUCAGAUCGAAGGCGCCUUUGUUCAAGGUCUUGGACUUUACACAAUGGAGGAAAUCAAAUACUCCCCCGAAGGCGACCUCUACACAAGAGGUCCAGAUCAGUAUAAAAUCCCUGCGGUGUGUGAUAUCCCUGAACAUUUCAGUGUCUCCUUGCUGGCUUCUUCCGAAAGCACAACAGCCAUCUACUCGUCCAAGGGCCUUGGUGAAUCGGGGCUUUUCCUGGGAUGCUCCGUGUUCUUUGCAUUGUGGGACGCAGUGGCCGCUGCAAGAAGAGAAAGGGGGUUGUCUGGGGACUUUGGGCUGAACAGUCCCCUGACCCCGGAACGCAUUCGAAUGGCCUGUGUGGACCAGUUUACUGAAAUGAAAGCCUUCUGA